AUGCCAUCACGUCGAGAUCCGGCUCUAGGCCCGCGGGUCUCAAUCUCCUCCUUCGGUCCCACCAUCGAACACCCCAAAUGCGGAUACUGUACAGAAGAUGCUUCAAUUCCAUGCACAACUUGCAAUGCUACCUGGUACUGCACAUUAGCUUGCCAGAGAGUCGAUCGCGACGUUCAUGACAUCAUUUGCCAGAAAUACACAGAUUUCGUUGCUUCGCAUCCAUGUCCCGAGGAUACUGUGGAAAAGAAAUACAGACUUGGUCUUCUAUUACCGGUCGAUUCGGAGGACUUUGAGUUGGCAUGGAUUGCCAAUGGCUCUAAUGGAAAGUCGGUUUCAACAUUCCUUCAGUAUUAUGACCAAGAUCGGAUCAACACUCGCAACACUCUUGUGGAUCACAAUAUGGCAAGCAAGAAGUUUGAUCAUUCCAUUAUUUUGGCUGUCCGAGGAGAUUUUCUGACUGAUAACUCUCCACCGAAUGCUUGCAUCAAUCAUAUCAUGGAUGGAAAUAUGAAGUUCGCUUUGAAGGGCCCAGUUGCUGUUGUUAGAGAGCGUGGUUGGGGCUCAGUCGGAUGUGCCCAGCAUUUUCAGCCAUGUGAUUUCAGGAUUCUAAUCUAUUUUCUCUUCAACUAUGAAGGAAAGCCAAAUAUUGAUAUCGGGCACGCUUGCGGUGAGGAAUCGAAGAGUGUUUUGAGCGCGUCCGUGAGUCGCAUUUUGAAGUUCCUCAAGAAGAAAUCUCAAGAUGGAAAGGGAAAGUCCAAGAACGCUCCGUUUGACGUCGAAGAACUUAGAACCAACAGAAAACGCGCCGAGACAUUUGCUGAACCAGAUUGGAUGAGAAACUCGGAAACGUUUUCACCGACACAUCAAAUGCAGCACUCAAAGUCAAGUAUCAACCUUAGUAGUUUCAAAGACGAUGCUUCUUCGCUACAUAAGGCUGAAUCGUUUGUCAUGCCAGAUUUCCUGCCAGAUUGGAUUAGGGAGUCGGGUGCAAUUGCCGCCGGACCUAGGCCGCAUUCCGAAAUAGCUUCUUCCCUUUCAAUUAAUACAGAGAAGGCCUUUGAGGAAUCUGCUAGUAGUGACAGUAUGACGAUCACUCCAAUCUCACCGGUUACCUCGAUUGCGGUGACAACCAAGCAGGCCCAUCAUAAUGACAAUGUUUCUGUCAGAGAAUCUCUUGACAUUUUUGACCGUUACAACUCGAAAAGAAAUAGAGGGAAUCAUGACGACUCCGCGUCUAUUUUAUCGAACGAACCAAGCCCAUCCAUCAUAACCACUACUUCUUUUUUUCAACCCAGAACUGUCCUCCAACUCAAACCAACAAUUAGGAAAGUGAAAAGUCCCUCGACAUUAUAUAGAACAUCAUCUUUCUUCAAUCGUCCAAAAUCUAAAAGUGUCGAGUUAAACCGAGAUCAUGUGGUACUUCAACGAAGUAUGACUGGUUCCAUCAUGUCGCCAUGGACAGUAUAG